AGAGUGCCUAGAAAGGCAAAUCCUUCUUUAAUUCAUUUGAAGUUUAUACUAAAUUUUCCAUCAUGCAUUCUCUCUAUGCUAGAACCCAUAAGUUCUCUUUGGCUUCACCACUGUUUCUUUUGGGACUAUUCACAAUAAAUCUUAUUCCCACGGCAGAUGCUCAAAUAGGAAUAUGUUAUGGUAUGAUGGGAAACAAUCUACCACCAGCAAACGAAGUAAUAGAUCUCUACAAAGCAAACAACAUAAAAAGAAUGAGACUUUAUGAUCCAAAUCAAGCUGCUCUACAAGCAUUGAGAAAUUCAGGCAUUGAACUCAUUCUUGGUGUACCAAAUUCAGAUCUUCAAAGUCUAGCCACAAACAAUGACAUUGCAAUUCAAUGGGUACAAAAAAAUGUACUUAACUUCUAUCCAAGUGUCAAAAUCAAAUACAUUGCAGUUGGUAAUGAAGUGAGUCCAAUUGGUGGCUCUUCUUGGCUUGCACAAUAUGUUCUACCCGCCACACAAAAUAUAUAUCAAGCAAUAAGAGCUAAAAAUCUUCAUGACCAAAUUAAAGUUUCAACUUCUAUUGAUAUGACCCUUAUUGGAAAUUCUUUUCCUCCAUCUAAAGGUUCAUUUAGAAGUGAUGUGAGGUCUUAUUUAGAUCCUUUUAUUGGUUACUUGGUAUAUGCGGGUGCACCUUUACUUGUUAAUGUUUACCCUUAUUUUAGCUAUGUUGGUAACCCACGUGAUAUAUCUCUACCUUAUGCUCUUUUCACCUCCCCAAAUGUUAUGGUACAAGAUGGUCAAUAUGGGUACCAAAAUUUGUUUGAUGCUAUGUUGGAUUCGGUACAUGCGGCCCUUGAUAAUACCGGAAUCGGUUGGGUGAAUGUCGUUGUGUCGGAGAGUGGGUGGCCGUCGGAUGGAGGGUCGGCUACUUCGUAUGAUAACGCGCGUAUUUAUCUUGAUAAUUUGAUUCGUCAUGUUGGUAAAGGUACUCCAAGAAGGCCUUGGGCUACCGAAACUUAUAUUUUUGCUAUGUUUGAUGAGAAUCAAAAGAGUCCGGAAUUAGAAAAACAUUUUGGAGUGUUUAAUCCUAAUAAACAAAAGAAAUAUCCGUUUGGAUUUGGUGGAGAAAGAAGGAAUGGAGAAAUUGUCAACGAUGACUUCAAUGCAACUACGGUUUCUCUUAAGAGUGAUAUGUAAGACGAAAUAGCGUUUUAAAAUAUGAGUAAUUUUUAUCUAUAAAAUAAAUUUAAAAAAAUUAUCAUGUUAGUAUGUAUGUUCAUUUAUCCUUCAAUUUUAGUCGUAAAAAUUGUUGGGUUGUUGGAUCUUUUUUAUUUUAUAUAUCUAUGUAUCUCGUAGUAAAAAAAUAUCAAUGUAUAUUAUUUGAGUUGAUCAAUAAAUUGAUAUACCUUUCUCGCAAAA